AUGGCGCUGACGUCGGUGCUGUCGGCACUCGGCCGCGGUGCCUUCCGGCGGUUCUCCACCGCCGCCGUCGGCUGGGAGCACUGCAGAAGCGUGCCCGAGCUCAUCCACGCAGUACAGAGGCACGGUGCACUCGACAAACCCGCCGUGGAUUCCUUGGAAUGCAAGGCUAGGCAGCUGCUCUCCGGCAACCUGCGUGACGCCGCCAUGCUGGCGCUGAUGCUCCACAACCUCGGCGGUGACGCGCAACAGCUCUUAGCAGAAGUGCCAGCCGCGCAGGACGUUGCCGAUUUCGACCUGUUCUUCCGUGCGUCGGCGGAAUGCGGCGCAUCAACUCCGCCCUCCAACGCCGCCGAUGUAUUGUCAGCGCCGGGUGCCUUGGAGAAGCCACGUCAAGUCUACAACUAUCUCUGCGGCGCCUGUCUGUUCAAUUCGCGAGGCGCCGCACUCGAUCUGAAUCAGCUGUUGCAGCGACUUUCGGACAUGGGAUGCUGCCAUUUCAGCACCCUGCAGCUACUGCAGAUGGCGGCUGCACUCGCCGCACUGGCCGCCGUCGAGCACGGGUCGUCGCUGGACGCGCUGUGCAAGGAAAUUUACACAAGAGGGCUCCAGGAUGUUCAUAUGGCCGACGUGAUCGAGUCCAUGGCACAGCUGUCCAAGCACCACCAGGACCCCGCCAUGCUGGCAGCCUUCGAGAAGGCGCUGCUGCAGCACUGCACCGAGCGUGAGCUGCCUCCGGCGGAGCUGUGCUCGGCUUUGUACACGAUAUCGCGCUACCGCAGGUACGACCCUCUGCUGAUGGACAGGCUUGCGGUCAACCUGAGGAGAGACGCCGGCAGCUACGACCUUGCGCAGCUGGCCCGGGCGGUGUUGGCGCUGUCGCAGAUAGGGUACCACAACCGAUCGUUGGUCGUGCUUAUGGGUCGCAUGGUGCUCACCCUGAUCGACGGCGAUUCUACAGUGGACGCUCAGCUGCUGACGAACCUGUACACUGGGUUUUCGCGCUUCCUGCACCACGGCCGCCUCUUCACCACGUUUUCGGAAAUCCUUCGGAAGGAGGAGGUGCUCGCCGACCUCCAACCUUCCGAUGCGGUCGCCGUGGUGCAGUCUUAUGCGCGGGUGCACGUCGUCGAUGAGCGGCUGUUCUCUCUCUUCGACGCUAAGCUGUUCUCCCAGCCGCUGAACACCACGCUCAGCUUCAAGCUGCUCGUUGCGCACGGCAAGCUGCGCUAUCGCAACCCCCGACUGCAAAACGCGCUCAUCAACAACAUAAACCUGCAGGAACUGGACUCAUCAAUCCAGCGCGAGAAGCUCAAGCUCGCCUCCGAACGGUUGGGGCUCUUUUUCCCCGAGCUCACGGACACAGCGCAGGAAGACGAGCUGCCGCGCAUCACAUGGCGCCGGCUUGACCCCGUGCGCCGCAGGGUGCCGCACGUGCGGCGCCGCAAGUGGACGUGGUAG